UGACAGCCCAGCAGUAAAGUAACAAAGGUAUUGAUCCACUGCCUAGCUGGUCCUUAUCGACUGACUGUUUAACAGUUUAAGUUAAUGCUCAUCAGCCAGCUAAAUAUUUCAAUACGCGCACAAACGACUCCAUGUGGACAUUCGUCCGCCGUUGGUUUUUAACGGCCAGUUGGAGUCACCGCAACUCUGCUUGGCCACUUCAUGCGUGAAGCGUUUGCUCAAGAUGUCAUUAAAUGACUGACAAGUUCAUUUUUUUUUUUCCCUCUCAUGACUUCAUACGGACGAAUGCGCAUUACAGAAUAUGACGCUGCCGAAUGGAACAUUUGAAGAGUGGGAAGCAAGUUUAUUCAAUUGUUAUGCUGUCAGAGAGAUGAACAAGUUUGUUAUUCGCUUGGGGACUUGAACUGGACUUGUUUUCAGACGUUGGUGAGCAGGCAGCCUAUUAAUCAGUCUUGCAAAGCACCAGCGGAUCAUUAAAUGAAGAAAACGUGAUCCCUGACAAUUUUUUUAGCCGGCCACUUCAAUCAUUUAAUGUUGAUGGACAUAGAGUGUUUAGCUCCUUGUUUGUCGCAUUCUUAAUCUCUUUGUGCGUGUUGGUUGUUGUGAGGUGAGAGGAGGGCUGAACGGUUAUUUUUAUAUCCAAAUCGCGAUUUCUUUGCCCUGACACACCCUGAACUGGGUCGUUAUCUCGUUUAGCGGUGCACUUUGGCACUGCAAUAAUACAGCCAUAUAUUUGGAUAAGGUUAGUCUUAUCAAUGUGUCAUGGGUUGAAGACUGACAAUAAAAGCCGAAGUCCAGGGAGCAAGACUUGGACUCUUGGACUUCUUGGAUACGAAACGAUCCUUUCGCUAGUCACUCAGGCAGACGUACUGAGGCUGUCUGCGAGUGAACAUUUGAAAGCUUGAAGGCUGAGGCGGUAUCUUCAUCUGGACCAUGGCAAGCCACGUUGAGGCCAAUCUCCAAUGUCCGGCCUGUUUGGAGAUCUUUAAAGAUCCUGUCAUGCUGCCGUGUACUCACAGCAUCUGCAAAGGCUGUCUCCAGGAAUGGCGGAAAGAGAAAGGCGGUCACUCCUGUCCAGUCUGUAGAACUGAGUUUCAAUCCAUCGAUUUGCCUAUGAACUUGGCACUGAGGAACGUGUGUGAGGCUUUUUCACUCUCCUCAAUCGAGUUAAAGGACAUCUGCAGCUUGCACAAAGAGAAACUCAAACUCUUCUGUUUGGACCACCAGGAGCUUGUGUGCCUCAUCUGCAAAGAUUCAGAAAUCCACGCCAAUCACAAGUUCCGCCCCAUUGAUGAAGUUGCAGAAAGUAACAAAGUGAAACUCCAGGAAGUCCUGCUGGAUGUAAAGAAAAGACUGAAAGAUUAUACCCAGGUAAGGGACAACUGCAAUGAAUUCUCCGACUACAUCACGUUCCAGAGGGAGAAGGUGGAAAGCAAGAUUAAGAAGGGUUUUGAGGAGCUUCGUCACUUCUUGCAGGUUGAGGAGGAGGCCAGGUUGUCUGCUGUGAGGGAGGAAGAGAGGAACAAGACUCAGAUGAUCAAGGAGAAAAUUAAGGCUCUCAGCACAAACAUGGCCACUCUCUCAGACAUGAUCAAAACCGCAGAGGAGCAGCUGAUGUCUGACGACCUUUCCCUCGUGAAGAACUUCCAGACUUUGAUGACCAGAAUGCAGAAGCCUUCCGACAACCCCGAGCGGCUCCCAAGGGGAUCUCUCCUGGAUGAAGCCAAACACGUGGGCAACCUCAAGUUCACUGCGUGGGAAAAAAUGAAAAAGAUUGUUUCCUACAGUCCCGUCAUUCUGGACCCUGCCGCAGCCGGUGUAAAACUCAGUCUGUCUGAAGAUCUGACCAGCGUGAGUGCUGAUGAAGAACACCAGUGUUCCCAAAUUCCAGAGAUUGUUUCGAAGUACACUGUGUGCGGUUCUGCUUUGACCUCGGGGAUAAACAUUUGGGAUGUUGAGGUGGGAGACAACACUGACUGGCGGCUGGGGGUGGUGUAUGAAAAGUCCUUUGUCCUACACGGGUUCUGGAUCACAUUUCAAGAUGAUAAAUACACACUUUCUUCAAAACAAUCCGAAACGUGGUAUCCUUCAGUGAAACUGAAGAGGAUCCGAUUUCACGUGGACAUUAACAAAAAAUCACUUUCAAUCACCGAAUCUCUAACAAAUACUUUAUUGCAUGAAGCAGAUAUUUCCGAGUGGGAAGAUUUACCCGCCGAUGUGAAACUAGUCCCCUACUUUGUAACCGAUGAUAAAAAUCCUCUGAAAAUACUUCCAGUUCCGCAUUGUGUUACGAUUCAAAAUCAGUGAUGUCAGAGAUUUUUGAUGGGACUGUCCGAUGUUUUCCUGUCAUUACGACGCGAGACUGGCGAAAUUAGAAUCUCCCACAUGAUGAUGCCUCCUUCUCCGUAGUGUUAACGUUGUGCCGGUGCAGAAGGUGGGAAAAAUGUUUGAGAUCUUGUUAGAUAAUUAACGAGCACCAUUGAUCAUUUGUAUUUGUUUGUUUAGACUAUUAGAAAGUGUGUGCCGAAAGCAAGCUGAAGAAUAUGAUGUGAUUACAUUGUCAAUGUCGCCACUGUUGGCUCACGAGUUUACCAUUUGUCAUUUUGUAAUUAAAAAGGGGAAGCACGACUCAACUAAAUGCUCCAUACUUUGUAUUGUAAAUCUGUUAAUUUUUGAACGACAAAGCUAGUAAUUAUUAAUUAAAGCACAGCAUCUCAACUCGAAACUGAAAGAAUGAUAAAGAUAAGGUUUAUUGCUCCAAGGUUUAUUAUCACCAAGAUACAGAGGUUCCGUCAUAAAACUUUGUAACUGCCAUGUGUUUUUUUUCUUUUCUUUUCCAUGAACUGUGAUAAGUGCAUUUGAUUCAUGGGAUGGCUCUGAUGCUUUUGCAAUGAUGUACUGAAAGGAAGCAAACCACUGUUAAGAUUACUAAUUGGUAUUCAAUCAGCGCUGAGUGGCAUGUAUCUUUUAUUUGCACCAAUAAACGUCUACAUUUGGUAUUGGGGGGAAAAAAAUGUUUACAGUUGUUUAUAGUCUUGGCGUGACAUUGGAUGAUGCAGGCUCUUUAGCUAAAUCAGAUAGUGGGAUCAUAAGGGCUGAUGGUCUGAUGAAGAGAAAAGAAAACAAGGACAAGAAGCCGGGAGAGAUCGCUAUCAACGGCAUUUGUGUUGUCGUACGCAUGUAAGUUUGUAGCCGUAUUUGCACAGUAGCUUUGCCUGCGUGUGUGUGUGUAUUUGUAGUCGUGCGCGUGUGUGUGUGGCCUCUGGUUUUCCUCGGAGUCACGUCAGGGGUAGAGUUGCGUACAAGUGGGUCAGC